ACGGAGUGAAGCUCCGAGCGGAGCAGCAGAGAGGAAGAGGAGCAGAGAGGAAGAGGAGCAGAGAGGAAGAGGAGCAGCACCAUCACAGGAGGAGGAAGAGGAGGAAGAGGAGCGGUCCUGUGGAUGUAACUGUUUGCGGGUUUUGUUGCGGGAUGUGCGGCUCCUCCUCUGCGGCUCUAACUUUGUGAGUGUGAUGAUGGUCAGCCCCGGAGGAUCAUGGGAGUGAGCUGCUCCUCCAGGAGGAUGAUGGGAGUCAGCUGCUCCUCCACAUGCACCUCCCUCCUCCUGGUCCUCCACCUCGCAGUUACUGGGAUAACUUCCACUCCUGUGCCACCACGGCGCUGGCGGACUGCCACGAGGGAGCCACGGACCUCUGGGAAAAACUGAAAAAGGAGUCCCGCAACCUGAAUUUCCGAGGCAGCUUGUUUGAACUGUGUGGCGGCGGCAACGGGGCCCCCAGGUCUGCUAACGGCAGGGGCCUGGUCCUGGUCCUGGUCCUGACCACCCUGCCUACCAUACUGACUUGGCUGGCGUUUUAACGGAAAACAGAAGAAACAUAGAAAAGAAAAAAAAAUCCAAGAGAAAACUCCAAGUGAAUCAAAGAAAAGAAAUAAAAAAUAAGAAGAAUGAGAGCGACUCCAUACUGAAAACACAACCUCAAGGAACCAGUUUCAAUUCAUCACGAGAAAAAAUAAAUAAUUWAAAAAAAUAACACCCAAAUGGGAUUUUUACUGCUUCAUCACUGAACGGCGCCCUGGUUUCCUUUGGGACUUCUGCAGACGUGGAGUCCUCGUCCAAUCACACGCAGCCCCGACCAGAGGUCAAUAACAUGAAAUAUUCAACGUGCCGAGGAACCGAAAUGAAGACAAUGAUGAAAUUUUGAUGGAUACUUGCCCACUUACAAUCAUGGAAUUACAUAGUAUUAAAGUCAGCCAUGCAUUAUUGAUGUUUAGUAGGCCUAGACAGCAUUAUGUGAGUGCUGGGUGCUGACACACGUUCAGGCUGUAUAUUAGGGUUCCCAUGUAGCCUCGAGCUGCUUUUCUCGUGCGACGCAACACCGAGCCGAACGCCACAAAAUCAAUAAGAUGAGCCGAAGCCUCGAGCCCGUUUCACCGCGGACAGAUUCUCUGUUUUUAUUACACCGAGGUGGUCCCGUUGUGUUGGACCGACUGCUCCGCGGUCAUAAUGUUCGCGGUGACAGCGUGCAGGCGACGGUCACACCAGCCGUUCUCACAGGAAGUAGUUAAAAAAUGUGACCACAGUGUUUUCCAUCAGCACUACAUUCAAUCAAUUACAAAACUAACUAUAUCUUAAAYUGAUACUGUAUUACAGCUAUAGCUAGUUAGCCUGCUAACAUGCUAGCUAACACGUUAUAAAGUCAACAUCAGGUGAAAGUAUCCAGGUGUGUUUCUGGUGUGACCAUGGUGUAGAUCAGUAUCUGUCCUGCUGCUGACUGAUGGUCUGCAUGAGAUCGGCUCAAAGACUCUUUUAUACUGUUUCAGGAAAUGAACAUAAMACUCUAAAAACAUAAUAAUCACCUGGUUCAAAUUUAGUUUAGGGCUAUAGCUCAGCUAACUGGAGCUUAAGUUAGCAUAGUUAGCAAACCCCCAAUAAUAAGCCACUAAAGAAACAUGACACAUGUGGCAGCUUUGAGUUCAUCACGUUUUAAUUCUCAGAUAAAUACGAUUUUAGGGUUGGUCAAUAGUUUAGGUGAACCACUGAAGACUUUAUAUCAGGAUUAGCUCGUCUUUGAAGUCCUGCUACAUCCUUAAACACUUAGUCAAUAAAAACACGUUAAUUUGUCAUUUAAAAAAUACACAAAUUGAAACAAAAAACUGUUGUAAUAGUAGCUGUACUUGAUGGUGUCCUUUCAGCAUUUCAAAUUAAAAGUUAGCUAUAAACUUUGAAUUAGAAGCUAAAAAUGGUUUAAACUAUUGGGUUAAAUGCUAAAU